CUCGAAGGCAAUUUUCCAACACUUGCGUAUCAAAGAGCUUUCUUCCUAGAUUUAUAGAGCAUGCCUUGUCAAGCCAAGUAGAGCUUUCGGAGUCCACUGUUAAAACACAGAAGCUCCUGCUGAGGGUCAAGCUUUCUUUUCCUCCACUGCUUUUUCCACCAAAGUGAAACCCCAGCAUAACAACAAUGCAGGGACAAGGCCCCGCCUCCUCCUCAUCCACCACCACCACCGGGACCGGCGGUAACAACGCCCACGCAGAACCAUCGGGCCGAAGCUUCGGAGAAGGAGGAUAUCAAUCCCACUCCCAUCGCAAACCAUGGCAGUCGCAGCCGCAAUCGCAACCCCAUUCCCGCACCCGCCGCAGCUCAUCUCUCCGAUCCGGCGAGCAUCAUCAUCAUCAACAACACCAGCAGUCAUCGGGUAUGAGCGGACGACACGAUCAUCAGGCUGCUUUGUCCUCGACGCCAACGCCAACGUCAGCGGACACGGCCAAAUGGUACCGUGUUCGGUUGUUCCGUGGUAUGGUUAAGGAUGUUAAGCGUCGCGCGCCGUAUUAUUGGAGUGAUUGGACUGAUGCGUGGGAUUAUCGCGUUGUGCCCGCUACUGUUUAUAUGUAUUUUGCUAAUAUCCUCCCUGCAUUGGCGUUCUCGUUGGACAUGUUUGAGAAAACCAAUCAAAGCUAUGGUGUGAACGAGGUGCUGUUAGCCUCCGUGCUGGGGGCGAUCGUGUUUGCGGUCUUCGCGGCGCAGCCGUUGGUUAUUGUUGGGGUUACUGGUCCCAUCACGGUGUUCAAUUAUACCGUCUAUGACAUUAUUGCGUCCAGGGGCACGAACUACCUCGCUUUUAUGUGCUGGAUUGGAAUAUGGUCGCUGAUCAUGCACUGGUUGCUGGCUAUCACCAAUGCCAGUAACGGCUUGACCUACGUUACGCGGUUCUCGUGCGACAUCUUCGGCUUUUAUGUGGCGUUUAUCUAUCUCCAGAAAGGCAUCCAGGUUCUCACGCGGCAAUGGGGCUCGGCGGGUGAGACGUCCGCUUAUCUGAGUAUCAUGGUGGCCUUGUUGGUGCUGAUGAGCGGCUGGAUUUGUGGCGAGCUGGGAAACAGCAAUCUCUUCCAGAGAUUCGUGCGCAAAUUCUUGGAGGACUAUGGUACGCCCUUGACGAUUAUCUUCUUCACGGGCUUUGUGCAUAUCGGCCAUAUGAGGGACGUCGAGGUGGCUACCCUGCCCACCAGUAAGGCGUUCUUUCCCACCGCUGAUCGGGGCUGGUUGGUGCAUUUCUGGGAUAUCAGCGUGGGAGAUGUGUUCCUGGCCAUCCCGUUUGCCAUUCUUCUGACGAUUCUGUUCUAUUUUGACCAUAACGUUUCAUCCCUCAUUGCCCAGGGCACUGAGUUUCCUCUACGCAAACCUGCCGGUUUCCACUGGGACCUUUGGCUGCUUGGACUCACCACCUUCGUCGCCGGGCUGCUGGGGAUCCCUUUCCCCAACGGCCUGAUCCCGCAGGCUCCCUUCCACACCGCGGCUCUAUGCGUGACCCGCGACGUGGCCGACGAAGACGACACGAACAAAGGCAAGGCCAUCCGCAUCACCGACCACGUCGUCGAGCAGCGCGUCAGCAACUUCGUGCAGGGCCUCCUCACCCUCGGCACCAUGUCCGGGCCCCUCCUCAUCGUCGUCCACCUGAUUCCGCAGGGCGUCCUCGCCGGCCUGUUCUUCAUCAUGGGCGUCCAGGCCCUCCAGGGCAACGGCAUCACGCAGAAGCUCAUCUUCCUCGCCCAGGACCGCAACCUCACCCCGGCGUCCAAUCCGCUCAAACGGCUCAAGCGCCGCCCCGCGAUCUGGGCGUUCGUUAUCGCGGAACUGAUCGGCUUCGGCGCGACCUUCGCCAUCACGCAGACGAUCGCGGCCAUCGGGUUCCCUGUCAUUAUCUUGUUGCUGAUCCCCGUGCGCUCGUUCUUGUUUCCUAAGUGGUUCACCGCGGAGGAGCUGGGGGUCCUGGAUGGGCCCGCGGCGAGUCCGUUCACGAUGGAGAGUGUGGGCGGUUCGCAUGGCUUGGACGACUCGUUCGGUUCGGGCGCGUUGGACGUAGAUGAGGGUGAACGGAGGGACUCCAAGACUGGCGGCGGGGAUUUUGGGAUGUUUGAUGGUAACCGGGACGAGAGCUCGUCUGAGUCGAUUGUGGAUGAUGAUUUAGAGAGGGGGGAGGUGUUUGAGAUGCAGCGGUCGGCUGUGAGGAGGCGGAGUACCACGGGGAUGAGAGAUUAAUAGCUGUCUAGGUUCUUGCAGCUGCGGUCUGGGUGUAGAGGCUCUUCUGAUGGAUGGAGACAUGUGCCGCUGAGCUAGCUUGAAGCCUUGUCGAGAGAUUGAAUAUAGGUUGCUUAGGUAUAUAUAUUCACGGUGCUUGGAUAC